AUGGCAAAAACAAAUAGCAUUUUCGAAGUUCUGAUUGUGUUGUUGGGAAUCAACAUCCUUACUUACGUGUCAACGGCUCCAACAAAGAAAUGUUCGGUAAUAAAAACAGGUCAAUAUUUUGAUGGUAGCACUGGUUCACGAAAUGACAAUAUCAAGUCAUCUAGUGAUUGUCAAGCCUUAUGCGAGAAUGAUAAGGCUUGUUAUGGAUAUCAAUAUCAAGGUUCCUCUAGUAGUUGUUGGCUUCAAACAUCAAUCGGCAUACUGUAUGAUGAUUCAUCAUAUGUUGGUGGAUAUUGCAUUGGAUCCGAUGCAAAGGUGACCUGCACAGAAAAUCUGCCGAACAUGUAUUAUCUCGGUAAUAGUGGUUCAGCAAUAACCAAUGUUGCUACGAUCGGGGAUUGCAUGAAAUUAUGUGAUGCCGACUCCACGUGCAUGGGAUGGUCGUAUUCAAGCCAAUCGAAAUCCUGUUGGCCUCAAACUACGGUCUAUGGAAAGAUCUCUGACUCACAAUAUAUGGGCGGCUCUUGCAUUAAAAAACAAAGUCCAUAUCCAGCAAUUACUCUCGAUACAUACAGACAACAAGCAUUAGACACGCAUAAUUCCUUCCGAAGUGCGCAUGGUGCACCAAACUUAGUGUUAGAUUCUGACUUGAAUGAUAUCGCACAAAAAUACGCCGAGAAAUUAGCUCAAACACGAGUAUUCGAACAUAGUGGCAAUACAUUGAACGGAAACGCUAUUGGAGAGAAUAUUUACGAAAUCACAGGGUUAAGCCAGCCAAUGUAUGCAAAAGGCUCAGAUCCAUCUACAAGUUGGUACAACGAAAUCAAAGGUUAUGACUUUUCCAAUCCGGGUUUUGGUGAAUACACAGGACACUUUACACAAGUAGUUUGGAUAGGUACACAACGUCUUGGUAUCGGUAGAGCAUUAACAAGUGACAACGCUACUCUCUACACUGUUGCAAACUACUACCCACCAGGCAAUGUUCAAGGUGGAUAUGUCACCAAUGUUUUGAAGCCAUUGUGA